AGCCAACUUUAAAUUGUUCUACCAACACUCAACAGAAAUGUCCAUUGAUGAGGCCAUGAAAGGAUAUAAAGGAUGCACAGAACUUAGACAAGUACAUGUCAGCAAAACCAGAGAAGUUUGGCAUCAAAUUCUGGGCAAAGUGUGAUAUCAGCACAUUUUUCAUGAGUAACUAUGCUGCAUUUAUAUAAGCUGUAAGGUUUGCUCAAAACAUAUUGGGAAAUGGGUGACCAGCGCAAAAGAAACCUGCACUAUCAUUAAAACAUCAAGAACAAAGAAAUAAAAAAAGGCCAGUUGGGGAACAUUUCCACCUUAAGUUAGUGGUUAUUUAUGGGAGGAUCAGACAGUAGUAGUGAUUGGAUGGACAUAGAGAAAAAGAUGGGAAAAUUUAACAUGUUUAAGAUACAUAGACUCAAAUUGUUAUUUCAAAGGAAAAUAAAAUUAAUAUGAAUGAACUCUAAUGUGUGAUUAAACUUUGUUUAACAUUUAUUAUUAGACCAGCUUGGAUUUGUAUUGUCACCCCUCAUCUCCUCUUUGGGUUUUGUUAUGUGGCAAAAGUAAUUUAAUAAUCUUUAGUAAUUGAAUUAGCCAAUUUUUUUGGCCUUCGACCAGCAAUAGGGAUAUCCCCCUAGGCCCCUAUAUUGCUAAUGCCAUCUAGCAGGGAUAUCCCUCUGCUAAUAAAAAUUUGCUAAAUUAUAAUUUUAAAUAAUAACAAUUUCAAUUAUCCAAUCAUUUUUUUAAUUAUAAAAUAACUUCUAUCAGCCAAUCAAAUUUGUCAGUGCCCCUUUUUACAAUCUUGUAUCUUUGUUGAGGUCACUUUCAAAAUUCACGCUAAUGGCAAAGCCACGCCAAUUUAUUCUACUGCUUUCAAGGCUUUUAACUUCAGUUUGCCAUUUCAAUUGUGAUAUUGUGACGAAAUAUAUUUAUUUUUUGUGUGUGUGUACUUUUGUUUGUCUAUUAAUUGUCAUUGUAUUUAGAAGACGAGAUUUACCAUGAUUCUAAUGCUUUUCUUCAUUACCAUGUGUGCCUAAUAAAUCAUGGUUAUUUGCCCAAACUGGUCUUUUAUUGUUUUUACUGCUGUGAUAGAGAAAUUUAUAACACUAUCACUUUGUACUUGGGAAUUCCGACCAUUAUGGCAACCAGGUAGAUACAAUUAAUGGUGUUACUAGACCAUUUCACAAGACAAGAGCAAGGAAUAGCAGGUUGAAGCAGGACUCUAAAUAAUUUUAAGUUAAAUGAGCAUCUCUAAUUACAGUAAAGAAUAUCAGUAAAGCCUUUACAAUAUCUGGGACAUUUGUCAUCAAUUUUUUUUUAAAUCAAUCUUAUCUUUAACUUUAUUUAGGCACCAGCUCCAUUGACAUAAACUACAAGCAUUUCUCCUUGAGGGGCUCUACACAUGAAACCAGGACAGGGCUCACUGCAGAAGGACAACCAGGAGACCCGUCCGGAUCCGUCAGCCAAUAAACAAGCUGCUCGAAGUAUUCUCCGGGGAACAGGGCAGAGACAUUCUGGGAACGCCACUCCAAGAGGCAGACAAUGCCAGGGAUGUGUGGGAAAGUCCGCAGCGGCAUGUAGACUGUAUCCAAGACCCAUCCAACAUUUCCUUGUACACUCAGACGUGGAUCCUCAAAAAGGGCACCAAUAAGGUAUAUUUGUAAUAUAAUUACAGACUGUCCAAUUAACAAAGAAGACAAUAAAGAAAUGCAAUGGCGUACGUUGCAAGUUGACUACACAUCCUGCUAACUUCUUGUCAUCACUUGCAUUGAUCUACUGAUGCCAUCCCCACCCCUGGAAAAUAAUCUCUGGAUCCAUCCUGCCAAUAUUACAGCGACAUAUUCAAUGAUUGACUGCUCAGUCCAUGUGUGAUGUUCAUGUUCAUACCCAAAGGACUUUUUUUUUAAAUGGAAAUAACAUAUCGUUAAUUUCAAAAUGAAUAAUAAUCAAUAAAAUCAACUUUGAUUUAAUCUACUCUCCCUUUCACACUACUAAAUGACUUAAAUCAUAUCAACUGUAAUGUACAAGAAUCAUGUCUAAUUAUUUCGUUACCCUCCAAUACGACAAAUAGAAAAUAAGUUUAAAUAGUUCAGUAUAGGUUUUCAUCAUUGACCUCCACGCGCUAACAUUCAUGCCAACGAAAGAUAUCAAAAUAAGUUGUAGAACUUGUUUAUCAAUCGUUGUAAAAUAAAUACAGUUCAGUUUCAAAGGUUUUCAUAUUAGAAUAUACAUCAUGAUGCUAAAUUAUUAAUGUUUCUUUGUUGUUAAAAAUGUUACUAUACUUUGUCAUCUAUAAUGAGCAUUAUUUUUAUAUAUAUUUCGUAUGACUAUUAAUUUUUAUCUAAGACUCUCUCUCUUUUUUUUUAAAUGAAUCAUUUUGCAACAUUUUAUUAAAUUAUGACAUGUAGAUGAAAAACUUCAAUACUAAACUAAUUUAUACCUGAAAUAAUAAUACAGUUCUUUACUACCUAUAGUAUAUAACUAAAAUGUACCUAGGUUUAAAAUAUAAUCCAAAUGUUCCCAUAACUAAUGAAUACUUCAAUCUGUCACUGUGAUGUACCUAAAAUUGUAACUAAAAUGUUCCUAAUGGGAACCCUCAAGAAUUGUAUCCAGAACCUGCCCAGCCUGUCCUUUUACAAUCAGACAAGGACCCUCAAGAAGGGCACCAGGACCAUGUCCACAUACCGCUGUGCCAGAGGAUCCACAUCCCUGGAGUCCUUCCACCUGCAUCUGAACAGGUUCAUUCCCAGUGAGAUUACUGUUUGUGGCUCAAUUCUGAUUUUGUUGACAGGCACAGAUUCUGAGUUGCAUGUUAUAGGUACCAGCGCCAAUGAUGUCCACUAUCAGGCGUUUCUCCUAGAGGGGCUCUACAGGUGGAGGCUCCACUGUUCCACAUUUACAGUGGACUUCUGUGAUUUCUGUGAACCAGCUGUCACAGACUGUCCAGGGGAACCCUCUAGACCCGGCAUUCCAGCACCCCAGAGCCUACACAGGAGAGUUGAUUGGGGUGGAGUAUUUGUACUCCCAGACAGGCAAGGCCCUCCAAGCCAUACCAUUGGAGGAGGACCAAUCACAAAAAAGAGGACCAGGACCACGAUGAGGGAUUCGAGGAAGAAGACGCAGAAAUCAAUCCCACCGUCCCGGAUGUGAGGCCAACUGGGAAG